CUUCAAGUCCUGACACGUACAGUGAGCAUGACCUCUACCCACCUGUGACGGGUCCUCACUGUGCACAGUCAUUAUACGGCUGCUGUCCUGAUGGUCAUACCUCUGCAACCGGACCCAGGAACCAGGGCUGCUCAUCAGAGGACUGUGUUCGCAGCAGGUACGGCUGUUGUCCGGAUGGAGCGACACCGGCUCAAGGAUUCAGAAGGACCGGAUGUCCCGAGUUCCAAACACCUGGAAGACAGUUCCCGGGUGUGGAUCAUGACCCCAACUCUGUCGCACCUCAUCCGAGUGAGACGCUCACGUACGUCUACAGGACGGGUGUUUACAGCGAGUGCUCCGCCUCCUGUGAUGGAGGGGUGCAGUAUCGCAGCGUGGAGUGUUUGGUUCAGGACCCGUCGCCCCACCGGGUGGUGGACGAGUCUUAUUGCAUCACUCAGCGCCUGCAGAGGCCG